UUCUGGCUGGCCUGUGAUCGAACGGGGUAUCACAUACUCCCGAAUGACUCAGUGGCUGAAGACCUUUGCCAAGUGUGAAACGCACAUACACACAAAGCCCACGCGUUGAGAUUCAGUGCUCGCCGGGGUGAGGAUUGCCGCUACAAUUGGUUUCAUGACGGCAAGAGAAGGGAGGGGUGUACAUCAAAGUUCCUGUAGAUUGCAAGAGUCACAUUUGCUGGGAAGUGCAUAUGGCUGAGGUUAGGAUUGGGGCUCAGCUGGGAUGCAACCCACGGUCGAAUAACCAACCUACUGUCACUCAUGGUCCAGGCUCAUCCACGAAAACACAUUUUCUGGUUAAUAUGAUGUUGUUCUUAGUAUUUUUGGGUAUUCUGCUCUUUGACAGAAAUGUGUCAAAGUUAAUUGUUGCUCGUGAAUAAUUGAUUGAAGGUUAUUGCAUUCUGAGGUCAGAAAGCUUGGUGGAUACCUUAGACAAUGAAUGAAAAGGCUUUAGACAAUGAAUUAAAUAACUUGUAUAUUUAAAAAUUGAAAAAUUGAUUUACGACUUCAAAUACACACUUCUGUUACCCAGGGAACUUCACAGGCAAAAAAUGACACUAAUCUCCUUGGACUAAUAUUGUAAUUCAAAGUAUUUUGAUUCUUCAGGCAGGAAGGGGGAGUAUGAACAACCUAUGGAGAUUAGUUAGUUGUUAGUUGGUGGGUGACAAGAUUUUGGAUCUUCAUUAAUGGCAUUCUGAAGUUUACCACUUGAAGGUGCAUAGGAGCAAUUGGAUCCUUUGUGGAGAGAACUUGAUUAGAAUAUAAUAAAGGAACCACUAUGAACUACAAUGAUUCUUUAGGGAAAAAGAAAUAUGGCCAUGGGUCAGCAACAUCCUUCCAUGAUUAGAAUCGAAGAGAUUCAGAAGGCAAUUCCUGAAUCUAGGCGACAUGUGGCUUCUUUCAGCGGUAUCCAGUCUGAUAAAGAAUAUAAGCAUCUGGAAAGUGUUUUGACAAGGUUUCUGUUCGAGUUAGAUGCAGUAGAUACUGAUGGAAAGGCUGAUAUACAGCAUGCCCGCAAAUUAGCAGCAAAGAAUGUGGAAGAAUUGCUGAAAGAGCUGGAGCAAAUUGCAAACCAUCCAUCUCGGUUAAAGGUAGAUAAGAUCUUUGGUGAAGCACAACAAUUGGUGACUAGAGAGUUAACUCCAACAGAAGGCUUGAUAACUGACGAUUUUGCUGAUCACAUCCAAGAAAUCAUAUUUCAACUAACACAAGUAAAAACUGAAGGGAGACUUGGUUUAAGAAAAGCCAGGUACCGAGCUUUGACAAGGAUUUGUGCUGUGCAGGACAUCAUCGAAUACUGCAUGGGUCGGCAAGCCUUGGCUUUGCCUCUGUCUUCAAAUACGCACCCAGGCGUCUCCAAAAUCAACUCUGUUUUAUGCGAAGUUAGUAAAGCAAGGUGGGAUGUGAUCGGGCUGCUUAUGGGCCUGAAUGACUUGGAGAACUGUGCACACCUAUCCCGUGUUCUCACAGGGUUGUUGAUGCAGUUGGAUGCUGUGGAUGUGACUGGAAAUAUGGAGGUGAGAAACUACCGAAAACGUGUGGUUCAUGAAAUCAACUGCUUUUUGGAACAUUUGGAGAUGGAGUCCGAGGGAGAAUCUGCAGGUCGUUAUGAUUUAGCGCAAAAUCUUUCUAUCAGACAGAUAGAAGAUAUCCGUGAAAAAAUGACCGAAUUGAAAAAGCAACUCCUCAAGUCGGAAAAUGCCUCUGAUCUCUAUUUUAAACCAAAGGCACAGCUGCAAGGAUUUCUUACUCAGUUGGAUCAAGUCGAUAUUGGUAAAAAUCCAUGCAUUCGUGAAGCAAGGAGAAGAUCGGUAGUCGAAGUACAGUCUGUGAUUGCUUAUGUUGACCUAAAGGAGGCCCUUGGGAAGAGAGAGAGCUUAGAUCAACAGGGGCAAGAGGAACAUCCUUCACAGAAAGCUGUUUGGCAAGUCCUGCACCACCUGUCAGUACAUCAGAGAGAAGUGCUGUCUUUUGAUGGAAUCCGAGGUGAUAAGAAUUAUAAAAGACUCGAAGAAAUGCUCACAAAGCAACUUCUUACACUUGAUGCUGUCGAAACUCAUGGAGAUGCUGGAGCUAAAGUUGCCAGAAAACAAGCUGUUAAAUUUGCUCAGAAUAUUCUUUCCUACCUAGACAUGAAAACAGAUGAAUGGGAAUACUGAAUACUCAUACCCAUUUAAUACAUGUAGUGUGGCUUUUAUGCCUUUAUGUGACUCUCAUGCUUUGCACUAUUUGUAAUGACAUAUCAGAAUGAUUUUAGACUGCUAUAUUCUUGAAAUUUAAGGCAGAGUAGAUUUCAUAUCUUAGGCUUAUGUGUCGAAUAUACCUGGACCAUUCAAUUUUUUAAAAAAAAAAUUGAAUAGUAAGUUAUUGUAAUAAGUACUGUUAUUAUAAUAUGUAUAUAAUAUAUAUUGUGUGCAUUAUAUAUAUAUCAUAUUGAUUGCCAUGCCAGGGACCUUGAUAUUUCCUUGCCUAAUUGCAUUGUUUCCAGUCUAGUUGUACGCUUGUUGGGAACAACCCAAAACGGCAACAGUAAAUUAUAAUACAUGCAUUUGAGGCCCCGAUGUAUAUUUGUGUUCUAAGUUUCUCCCUCUCCAUAUUUUCCUGGAGUGGGGAAAAUGAGUGUAUAGUUGCAAAAACUUUCACAGUUACCAAGUAUGAAUUGCUGCAGAGAAAUCUGAGGAACCCUUAUUCUUGCUUUUCAUUCUGUGGGUUUAGGCAUUUUGCUUUAUAUAAUGACUGAUAAAACUUGGUAUAUGCUACAGCUGCAAGUUAAAUGUGGGUCUCAUAGUUUGUGAUACAGAGCACCAAUAUGUUGUUCAUCUAUCUGGUUCUAUUGUUGUGUAUCUAGAUGAAAUAAUGAGAAAAUUUAAGUAAAAUAAGAGACGAGUGAUACAGUAUUGGUUAACACUUGAUUUAAUAAUUGCUAUAUUUUGUUAGGCAGAGUGAAUACUUUUGUCAGACACAUGUUGUAUCUAUGACUUUCUGUGUUUUGAAGGCCGAACCCUAGCUGUACUACUGUGUAUUUAUAAACACCAGAGAGGUUUCCUUCAAAGCAUCUAAACGUGCAAUCUUCAGUUUGAAUAAUGAUUAAUAAACCCCACAAGAGGAGUAUCUUUGCAUUA